AUGGCAGCUCUACCCGUGGGAAUGCAGCUAGUGAACGCUCUAGACGACGUUGAAUUUGAUGGUCGCGGGUCAAUUGGCAACAUAUUGGCUACUGCUUCGGACCAUAUGCGAUAUGUGCUGCACGUGCCAUUGGAGAGCGACGACGCGGGGCUGGACGUCGAGAUGAACAUUGAUAUGGACGUAUUUUGUCCCAGCGCCAUGUUGGACGCCGACGCGUUUAGUAGCAACCCGGGCGACGUCUCGUUUGACUCUGGAUUUUAUCCUGCAGUGCUGAGUGACGAUGUGCGGGAGGAUGUCGAACAGAUGCUAUUGUGUGGCAACGAAGAAGCACUUUUGCACAACCACGACCAUGACUUGACGCCAGGGCAGCGGUGUCAAUGUCGGACCUUUGCCAUAACAGCAGAUCGAGUGCAAACGCAGUCACAACAAGUUGCUGUAGCCAUUGCGGCAGCGAGAGAUCAGAAAAAAGUGCUGCAACAUACUUUUGGAUCAGGGAAAAGAUUGCAGGGCUUUGGAUUCGGAGAAGGAGCUGGGAUAAAUCAGGUUCAGUAUCAGGACAUCAAAAUGACGGACGAACGAGGGUCUAUGACUGCGGCUAAUGAUGUUCGCGCUAUUGUGCUGGAGAGAAGACAACCAGUGGUGACUGAGAAGCACCCUUCUACAGACGCGGAAAUGACACAGGUGCUUCCAGAGCCAGUCAAGGCAAACAAGCAGAACGAUCUUUUGACGCCAGAGCACGUGCUGCAAGAUUUGUGCUGGAUCGAAGGCAAUCCGAUGUUUAGUAGUCCGUUGCAUCGAAGUCAGUCGCUUGGUGCAAUUUCGAGUCCAUUGAGUUCGACCUGCUUCGUAUCGUUGGAGGACGUGGUUGCUACGCCGUUGUCUAACAUGUCACGGUCUGCAGUCCAUUCAAAAACGCCAGCGACAGUGCGAUCGUUGUCACCCGCUGACGAGUUGGAGAAGAUGGCAACAAGUGGCUCUCAACUGUCGAUACCCAAGAUGAACAUGCUGAGAGGAAACUUUCAAGUGUCGCCAGAGCAUGGGACGGUGUCGCUUGUCACGCCCACGGCAAUGCUACCACCGCCAUAUUUUCGAGGAGCGCUGGACUCCCCAGAAAAGCGACGUGCGCAUUCUAAGACGAUCAGCUCGUUUGCGCAGUCGGUGUCAUUCUCAUUCUCGAACGAUUUUUCGACUGACAGAUGA